UAUCACUGGGUAAAAACGAUAAAAAUACCCACAGCAAUUCAAUUUACACAUGCAGAGAGAACGCUUAAUGCGGCACGGCACGAGAAAUGAAACACAAAUCACAGUAGAAAGAUUAUAUUCAUUAACACACAUUCCCAAAUUGUGUGCAUGUGGUUUCCAAAACGGUGAACAGACAAUUUCCCUCUGAUUGACCAUAACCCUGUGCUUCAGGGGAUUCAUUACCUGGUGGGAAACGGUCUGCUGGAAUGGACGGCGGGGACGGUGGCAGAGUUCCUGUACAAGGAGGAUGGACUCAACAAGACUGCCAUAGGAAAUUUCCUGGGAGAGAGGGAGGAAAUGCACCUUGAGGUUUUGAAAGCCUUCGUGGGCCUGCACGAGUUCUCAGACCUGAAUCUGGUGCAGGCGUUGAGGCAGUUUCUGUGGAGCUUUCGUCUUCCAGGGGAAGCGCAGAAGAUCGACAGGAUGAUGGAGGCGUUUGCGUCGCGGUACUGUGACUGUAACACGGGGGUCUUCCAGUCAGCAGACACCUGCUACAUCCUGUCGUUUGCGAUCAUCAUGCUCAACACCAGCCUCCACAACCCCAACGUUAAGGACAAGCCCACCCUGCAGCGGUUCGUCUGCAUGAACCGAGGCAUCAACAACGGCAGAGAUCUGCCCGACGAGCUGCUCAAGAAACUGUACGACAGUAUUCACAACGAGCCGUUCAAAAUCCCCGAGGACGAUGGGAACGACCUCACGUACACCUUCUUCAACCCGGAGAGAGAGGGGUGGCUCCUCAAAAUGGGGGGAAGAGUGAAAACCUGGAAGAGGAGGUGGUUUAUUUUGACCGACAGCUGCCUUUACUACUUUGAAUACACCACAGAUACGGACCCGAUUGGAAUAAUUCCUCUUGAGAACCUGAGUGUCAGGGAGUGUCAGGGAGACACAGGCAAACAGUAUUGUCUGGAGUUGUAUAACAGCAAGGGACAGAAGAUUAAGGCGUGUAAGACGGAGAACCGAGGGAAGGUGGUGAUGGGGAAACACCAGUCCUACAGGUUCAGUGCAGCCAGUGCAGAGGAGCGAGAUCUCUGGAUGGCCUCCAUCAGAGCGAGCAUCACAAAGGACCCCUUCUAUGACCUGGUGGCGGCCCGCAAGAGGAAAGUCACCACUGGCACCGCCGGCUCGCAGAGCUGAGACUCAACGGACGGGUUGAUCUUCUGACGGAUCAGACCCCCAGAUCUGUUUGUUUUCCCUGUGAUCAUCCCGUGCUUCCACGCGGCCCGCCGGGGCGUGGAAGCUGUGCCCCUAUGAAAGCGUUGAGCCCUGGUGCCGUACAGCGAAGUGCAGCGCGGGGGGGCAGUAAUUGAGUUUUGCUGAUGAGGAGCGUGAAACGACCCGUGUGUGAGCUGCAGUGUUGCGCCGUACAGAGCACAACUUUACUUUGCUGCUACUUUAUGUCACGUGCUCCGCUACCCAGACAGCAUCCGGAUGUGGGCCACUUCAGGCAGCGAUGCGGCACCGACGGCCUUCUUCUGGCCCUGACAAAACGGACGUGAGCCUGAAGUGGCCCACACGUAUAAUAGCAAACAUGGCCCAAAUAUGCCAAAUCAAAUGUGGGCCUUUUUUGGCAAAGAUGUGAUCUGGAUGUGAGCCUGAAGUGGUGAAUAUGGCCCAAAUAUCACAAAACAAAUAUGGCCACCUUUGGCAAAUAUGUGGCACAUGCGGCAUUGCUAUGGCUUGGUUCUGGCCCAGAUCUGGCCAACAGGAGCGGACCGCCCAAGUGCCAUCAUUCCACGUGGUAUGUGGGCCGGACCAAGUGUGGGGUGUGGGACGGGUCCAGGCCACAGCAGUUUUGCUAUCUGGGUACAGACGUGGGGUGCAGCUCUAAUGCAGAUUUAAUGCAAAAGUCAGUGUGAGAAAAUUUCUUUCGAUUCAGUAAAAUGUGUUAUUCUGUUCUUGAAUGGAGAUAUGGGCCAUUAUGGUGGGGGUGGGGUGGGGGGGGGACAAAAAGAGGAAGGAGCAGAAAUUUAAUUUUAGCCAUUUCACUUCCUUAUCAGCUCAAUUAAAACCAGUGUAUACUUCCUCCCCAGUACUGACUUUUUUUAUUUUUGACAAAGGUGUGGCUCAUCGCCUCAGAUUGUUGCAGUCAAACAUUUUUUAUGAGGUCACUGAAAAUAAGCUGUACGCGGUUAAAAUAAGACGGUAGAAAUAGUUUUUUCUUUGUGUUAAGCUCACAUUUUGUAAAUGUUUCCAGUCUAAUGCACGUUAAUUAUUCACGAAUCUUCACACUUGUAAUUUAUUUAAAGACUAUAUUGAUGGGAAAACGAGUAACUUUGCAUACAAUAAAUGUGUUGA